AUGCGCUUUCGUCUCUUGUUCCUUGCGUUGAUACCAGCGGUCAUUGCAAGUCUGUCUCCUGACGGGAACAACAGGGAGGUCGACAUCUCUUUGAACGUGGAACCAAUUACAGCCACUGUCUUCGUAUACCCAUCCACAGAUGAAUUCAGUCGUGAUCGCCACGAUGAAGAGACGGAGUGUAACUUAGAGGCUUUCUACGGAGAUCGUGUCGAAAAAACCCACGAUUCCAAUGGAAAGCCGUGUUGGAAGUUGUCCCUGAUCGAAGGCGAGACGGUUGAUGAUCUCCGGGGUUGGAGCGACAUUGAUAUCCCCGGUGUGAGCUACGAGGAGCGGAAACAGAGAUUCACGAAGAGGAAGGUACCUCCAAAACCGCCGACAUAUUGGGCAGUAGCCAAGGAUCCGGAUGCAACGGAGGAGAAUGCAAAGACUUUUGCGUAUCUCAAAACCAAGACCAAGCCUGGAGAGGAUAUCUAUGAGCUCACGUCUUAUGGAGGACUGAGAUGGGGCCCGCUGGAUUUGAGUCCAGAGGGCGUUUUGGAAGUGACGCAGCAUCCCGGCAUCCUCCCAGAGUUACAUGUAUCACAGCCGCUCAUCAAAUGUUGA